UGAAUAUGGAGGUCUUCCAUGUGGGCCAGUGGCUUCAAAAAGAAAUGGCGAGAAAAGUAAUGUUAAAAUGAAGAAAAACAGUGGAUACGUAUUUUGAGAAACAAGUCAAGAAACCUCACCGUGACCUUUUUGAGGGCAGAUUUGCACGUGAUAACUCAGAAGUGAGGUAUAGGAGUGCAGAUAAAGCUAUGAAAAAUGCUAUAAUGAGACAAGAGCUGCCUCAUAUGAAUAGGAGAACAUCUCCUGUCCGUUUGAAAACUCCUUUGAGUACAGUUAAUGAGCUGACUAUUACUCCGAGUCCAAAAUUUUACAGUUCUAAAAUUCCUAGUGACUCUGGGCAAGUUGAAAUUAAAUCUGUGAAUCAAAUUGACCCAAAAGUGGCUAUCAGGUACAACAAAUUCAGGCUUCUCAAAAAGAAAAGAGCAAAUAGGAACUCUCUUUGUCAUAUUACUAAUAAGUUAGAAAAGGAGAAAGAAGAACUCCAGAAAAUGGAAGAUAAAAACACCCAAGUAGUCAACCGACUUGUCAAGAAGGUCAUCAGGCUCAAACCAAAGACCUUAUUAUACGGUAAUAAAAGGAAAAUAGAGUUUAAGCAUAAGCAGCUCAAGAAAAAGGCUCUUUUCCGUAAAGCUACUGGCAAAUAACUCCAGAGUCAGUAGUUUCGACAGACUAAAUAAAAACCUGCCUCAAGACCAGGGAAGACUUAAUGUCAAUUUGAGCAAUAAGAGGCUAAAAUAAGCACACUAUGAGCGGAAAGAUGAACCAUCAAGCCAAAGAUAGUAUAUUUGAGUCUUACAAGACCUUAAGUACUCCAACUUCUCUUAAACAGGCUUAUUCUUUAGAGAGUGUUAAUAAUAACGGCCGGAUUACUAUUUUGACAAAGAAGAAUAAAAUACAUAACGUUUAUGGUCAAAAAUUUGAGUAUAAGGAGAAAAGUGUUGACAAAAAACUCGCGAGUUCAUUGAAAGUAAUGAAGACCAAGCAGCAUUCCAAAUUCCAAAAGUGCCAGAGAAAUGAUAUCAGUGUACAAGCAAACUUUACGCCAAUUGAAAAUUGAAGUGAUUUCUGAUAAAUUUUCUUAUGUUUGCUCAAAUUGAAGCUUUAGAGAAAAUAUAAGCCAUUAGCAGCCAAUCUUAGU